AUGAUAACUAGUAAAGAGGAACCUAGCCUAAAAUCGAGUUUGACUAUUCUUAAAAGGCUCAAUCUCAAUGAACUACUAAAUGUGCAACAUGACGUAACUGUUUUGAUAGCUAGCCGUGUGAUUACUUUGCAAAAUGAAAACAAACGUAUUCUCGAAGUGUCUGACCGCAAGCCAAUUGCGACUUUGGCACAUCAAAAACAUGUUUCUUCGCAGUCUUCUCAGUCAUCAGUGGAGGCAGUUGAGCAAGAUUCCGAAGAUUUUAUACUUACUCAAUUUGACGAGGAAGUAAAGAAAAAUUUGACGGAUGGAAAAUUACAUCACCAAAGUGAACAUGAACCAGACUCCCAAUUAUCAGUGGUCACUAUAUCGCCUAAUAAGCAUAAGCGGAAGAUUUCAGAGUUCAGUUCACCCUUAAAUGGCUCCCAAAAGUUAGGCGAUUUAGAGGAUUGCUCUGAUACCGUAAUCCACGAAACAGACAAUGAUAAAGAGAACAAGAUAAGAAAACUACUGGAAAUAAAGCUAGAAAAACCUGAACCGUCACUGCCAUAUUUAUUCAAACAGGAGAAUGAAGGCUUUCUAGUUGAUUUCAACACGAACCCUGUGACAAAGCGAGCUUGGAUUCUCGAAGACUUCAGGCCAAAUGAAGAUAUAGCUCCCCUCAAGAGAGGAAGAAGGAAAUUAGAGCGGUUUUAUGCCCAAGUGGGUAAGCCUGCGGAUUCUAAGUUCAAACCGCUAUCGGUAGUGAUGGAAUCACAGAAUUCAGAUUACGAACUCUCCUUUGAUAAUCUCAGAAAUAGAUCAAAAUCUCCUCCAGGUUUUGGCAGAUUGGACUUCCCCUCCACACAGGAAGGUAACGAGGACAAGAAGAAGUCGCAAGAAAUCAUUAGAGAUAAGACUAAACAUAGAUUUUUGAUGGCAACUAAUGAUAAAAUCCCACCAUAUGAGAGAGAAUAUGUAUUUAAAAAAGAAGAACUAAAUCGGUUUGUCGACGACGGAUGUGUCUUCUGGAGUGACAAACUACUGCAAAUAUAUGCCAGAGUCUAA